GCCCCGGGCGGCCGCAGCGAUGGCAGCUCUGGAGCCACUGUCCCCCGCGGGCGGCGCGGGCGAGGAGGCGCCGGAUGAGGACGAGGACGAGGCGGAGGCCGAGGACCCCGAGCGGCCGGCCGGCGCGGGCUGCGGGCGCGGCGGCGUUGGCGGGGCCGGGCCGGGGCUCUGCGGCGCGCUGGGGGGCGCGCUCACCAGGCGCGCGGUCACACUGCGGGUGCUGCUCAAAGACGCCCUGCUGGAGCCUGGCGCCGGGGUGCUGUCCAUCUACUACUUGGGAAAGAAGUUCAUUGGGGAUCUGCAGCCAGAUGGGAGAAUUGUGUGGCAGGAAACUGGGCAGGUCUUCAACUCUCCCAGUGCCUGGGCCACACACUGCAAGAAACUGGUGAACCCUGCCAAGAAAUCCGGCUGUGGCUGGGCCUCUGUCAAGUACAAGGGCCAAAAACUGGACAAGUACAAGGCUGCUUGGCUCCGACGGCACCAGCUGCACGUGCCUGUAGCUCCUGCCGAUGAGAGCCCGGCCAGCGAAGGGGAGGAGGAGGAGCUGCUGAUGGAGGAAGAGGAGGAGGAGGUCCUGGCGGGGGUCUCAGCAGAGGACAAGAAUCGGAGACCCCCUGGGAAGGGUCCCUCGGAGCCUGCACACCCUGAGGCCACACCCCCAGGAAAGCGGGUGGAAAACAAGCCUGUGCGCUACUGCAUGCUGGGCAGUCGUGACUCUGCCAGGAACCCACACACUUUGGUGGAAGUGACAUCCUUUGCAGCUAUUAACAAGUUCCAGCCCUUCAAUGUGGCCAUUUCUAGCAAUGUGCUCUUCCUGCUGGACUUCCACAGCCACCUGACUAGGAGCGAGGUCGUGGGGUACCUUGGAGGCCGCUGGGACAUCACCAGCCAGAUGCUCACGGUGCUGAGAGCCUUCCCCUGCAGGAGCCGGCUUGGGGACGCUGACACGGCAGCUGCCACUGAAGAGGAGAUCUACCAGAGCCUGUUCUUGCGAGGCCUGUCCCUGGUCGGCUGGUACCACAGUCACCCACACAGCCCAGCGCUGCCCUCGCUGCAGGACAUUGACGCGCAGAUGGACUACCAGCUGCGGCUGCAGGGCUCCAGCAAUGGCUUCCAGCCCUGCCUGGCGCUGCUGUGCUCCCCGUACUACUCUGGCAACCCGGGACCCGAGUCCAAGAUCUCACCCUUCUGGGUGAUGCCUCCUCCCGAGCAAAGGUCCAGCGACUACGGCAUCCCCAUGGAGGUAGAKAUGGCCUACGUGCAGGACGGCUUCCUGACCAACGACAUCCUGCACGAGAUGAUGCUGCUGGUGGAGUUCUAUAAAGGCGCCCCGGACCUGGUGAGGUUCCAGGAGCCCUGGAGCCAGGAGCACAGYUACCUGGACAAGCUAAAGAUCUCCUUGGCCAGCAGGACACCCAAAGACCAAGGUCUGUGCCAUGUGCUGGAGCAGGUCUACAGUCUCCUCAAGUAGGGGAGCUGAGGGUGCUGUCCUGAGAUCAGAGGUGACUAUGGGGCCUGGCUCAAGGACUCCGUCUGUUGCUGUCCCAUCCUGUGUGAUGUAUACAGGCUUGGAUAAUAAAGAACCGAGCAGCCAGCAGCCUGCAAUGUGUCUCAUGGGUGGACGAGAGCCAGCUGCAUGCCCAAGCUGGGUCCCCUGAGCAGCUCCAAGUGUGGCUUCCUCCUCUGGGUAGCAGGGCAGGGCACUGAGCUACAGAUGCA